ACCACUCGUGCAUCCCAUCUCAAGUCCCGUGCCAUCCAUCGCCAAUACAGUCUAGUCUUCUUCUAUUCUUUCGUGACAUUUGACCCAGGCGGCCCCGGACCCGUCCCCGUUUGUGGGAUGCCAGGGAUCCCGAACCUUGUCUCUGAGCAUUGGCCGCGGCUACCAAUCUUUUGGAGAUCAGCAUCCUUGAGCGUCAAUCGCUGCGUUCUCCCCCAAGUUCAGUCCAGCUUGCUCUUGCAGUAGUCAAGUGCACCAUCAUCACUGGUUCCAUUUACUCCUGACUGUCAACCAUGGGCGAUAUGAACGGCCUUCCGGUGUUUGAGUCGAACCUCAACCUUAGGGACGCGCAAUAUGAGCACAACAAAAAAGCAUGGAGCUCAAUAAUGAUAGAGUUUGAAGAUAACUUGAAGAGAACAACAUCAGAAGGCAGCAAACAUUCUACAAGCAGACACCAGACGCGUGGACAACUGUUAGCGCGUGAUCGAGUGGCUUUGUUGUUGGAUCCUGGCUCUUCUUUUCUUGAGCUGGGCUCAUUUGCAGGCUUCGGCCUUGAGGAUUCGAGUCCUUGUGCCAGUCUGCUCGCUGGUAUUGGCGUUGUGAGUGGUCGACAAUGUCUCGUGCAGUCUCACAUACCCACACAGAGCGGCGGCGCGUGGAACGAGUUCACCGUGGUCAAGCAGAAUCGGAUGACAGAGAUCGCCAAUGAGAACGACUUGCCCAUAGUUGCCCUUGUCCAAUCGGCCGGAGUGUUCCUGCCUCAGCAGUUUCGCGUCUUCCACAAGGGUGGCCAACUAUUCAGAGAUCUAGCUGUAAGGAGUCAGCAACGCAAGCCUUCAUGUGCAGUGGUGUUUGGCUCAUCGACUGCUGGAGGCGCAUACCACCCAGCACUGUCCGACUACACCAUUUUUGUGGAAGAUCAAGCACAGGUGUUCUUGGGCGGUCCCCCUCUGGUUAAGAUGGCUACUGGUGAGGUGAUUGAUGCUGAGGAGCUUGGAGGCGCCCGUGUCCAUGCCACUGUCACGGGUUUAGCGGACCAGAUGGCUACUGACGAGUUUGAUGCCAUUCGCAAGGCACGGGAGUGGGUUGCGACACUAAACAAUCCUCGACAAACCAUAGAGCAACUCUGGCGGACACUGCCUCCCCGAUAUCCUAUCGACGAUAUCUUCGCCUUGGUGAACCCGGAUAUACGCAAGCCUUUCGAUAUGCGAGAAGUCGUUCUUCGUCUCGUGGACGAUUCGCGGCUGUCAAUAUUCAAGCCAGAAUACGGCCGCAAUUUGCUAACUGCCUGGUCUAAGAUUAUGGGUCUUCCCGUGGGCAUUAUAGGCAACCAAACACCGAUCAUCAACCCAGACGAAGCAUCAAAAGGUGCGCAAUUUGUUCGCAUGUGUAAUCAGCAAAAUCUGCCAAUCAUCUUUCUGCACAACGUUACUGGGUUCAUGGUCGGGUCAAAAGCAGAACACGCUGCAAUAAUCAAAAAGGGAGCGCAAAUGGUAUCUGCCGUCAGUUGCUCGACUGUGCCACAUAUCUCACUCAUUCUCGGGGCAUCUUACGGGGCCGGCAACUAUGCCAUGUGUGGAAGAUCCUAUAAACCAAGAUUUUUGUUCAGCUGGCCCAUUGGCAGAUGCAGUGUAAUGGGCCCUGAUCAGCUUUCUGGAGUUAUGGAGCAGGUGGAAAUCAACAGUGCUAGGAGCAAAGGCAUAACGUUGAAGCAAGAAGAUAUCAAGGACCGCGUACAAGGUUUCAGAGACAGCGUCCAGCGAGACAGUAGCUGCUACCGGACCAGCGCUCACCUCCUCGACGAUGGGGUGAUCGAUCCACAAGAUACUCGAGACGUGCUUGGGAUGUGUCUUGAGAUUGUCCAGAGUCCUUCCGUAGAAGGCAGUGUAGGCCACAGGGCCUUGGCAAGGAUAUGAGCUACGAUAUUUGCAGGUAUCAAUCUAGAUGGGACUUAGGUACGGCGUUAGCGUAGCACAGAUUACGAAUCUCAGGCUCGUCCGAUAGUCGAGAAUUAAAGUGCGA